AUGAAAACAUUAGCAAGACUCGUUCUGGGACUUGUCAUCUUGGAUGCUGCUGUGACUGCCCCAACUCUAGAAUCCAUCAACUAUGACUCAGAAACCUAUGAUGCCACCUUAGAAGACCUGGAUAAUCUAUACAACUAUGAAAACAUACCAAUGGGUCAAGCUGAGAUUGAAAUAGCGACAGCGAUACCUUCGGGGAACAGAGAGGUCCUCACCCCGCCACCACAGGCAAAGGAGGCUGAAGAGGAAGAGGAAGAGGAGUCCACCCCCAGGCUGAUUGAUGGCUCUUCUCCACAGGAGCCUGAAUUCCCUGGGGUUCUGGGCCCACACACCAAUGAAGACUUUCCAACCUGCCUUCUGUGUACUUGUAUAAGUACCACUGUAUACUGUGAUGACCAUGAACUUGAUGCUAUUCCUCCGCUGCCCAAGAACACUGCUUAUUUCUAUUCCCGCUUUAACAGAAUUAAAAAGAUCAACAGAAAUGAUUUUGCAAGCCUAAAUGAUCUAAGAAAGAUUGAUCUGACAUCAAAUUUAAUAUCUGAGAUUGAUGAAGAUGCAUUCAGAAAGCUGCCUCAACUCCGAGAGCUUGUCCUGCGUGACAACAAGAUAAGGCAGCUCCCAGAAUUGCCAACCACUUUAACAUUUAUUGACAUUAGCAACAAUAGACUUGGAAGGAAAGGAAUAAAGCAAGAAGCAUUUAAAGAUAUGGAUGAGCUCCAUCAUCUCUACCUCUCCGAUAACAACUUGGAACACAUUCCUCUGCCACUCCCAGAAAGUCUGCGGGCCCUUCACCUCCAGAAUAACAACAUUCUGGAGAUGCAUGAAGAUACCUUCUGCAAUGUUAAAAAUUUGACUUAUAUUCGUAAGGCACUAGAGGAUAUUCGAUUGGAUGGAAACCCUAUCAAUCUCAGCAAAACUCCUCAAGCCUACAUGUGCCUACCUCGUUUGCCUAUUGGGAAUCUUGUCUAA